UGCAUCCCCAGCAUUCCGGGCACCUGCUUCCCCGCAGCGGCCGGGGCGGGGCGGCCCUGAGCGAGGCAGUUCGCCGGGACAGCCCCUCCCACGCCCCUGAGCGGGUCCGCGAGGAAGAGCCGCAUCCUGGGACAGGCGCGGUUUGGGGGGGGGCGACCGGGACCCUCGUGGGACUUUGCUCGGGGCGGCGACGUCGGAGCAGGGUCGUGAGAGCCGUCUCGGGAUUGGCGGGAGCACCGGCGCUGGGGGGUCUCAUAUCUGAUUAUUUAGGAGGAAAUUAGCAAAUCGAAGAAUGUUCUAUAGAACUUCAGAAAACAAGAUUAUCUUCUUAUCCAAAAAAGAUGAAAUCAACUGAGUUACUCUCAAAAGACAACCAAGUGAGCACCGCAGACUAAUGAGUAGAAUCAAUAAGAACGUGGUAUUGGCGCUUUUAACUUUGACAAGUUCUGCAUUUCUGCUGUUUCAGUUGUACUACUACAAGCACUAUUUAUCGGCAAAGAAUGGAACUGGUUUAUCAAAAUCUAAAGGAAGCCGAAUUGGAUUUGAUAGCACACAGUGGCGUGCAGUUAAAAAAUUUAUUGUGCUAACAUCCAGCCAAAAUGUACCAGUGUUCCUUAUUGAUCCUUUGAUCCUGGAAUUGAUUAAUAAAGACUUUGAACAAGUCAAAAAUACUUCUCAUGGCUCCACUUCAGAAUGCAAGUUUUUCUGUGUUCCAAGAGACUUUACCACAUUUGCACUACGGUAUCACCUGUGGAAGAAUGAGGAAGGCUGGUUUCGGAUAGCUGAAAAUAUGGGAUUUCAAUGCCUAAAGAUCGAGAGCAAAGAUCCCCGGUUAGAUGGCAUAGACUCACUUUCUGGAACUGAAAUUCCCUUGCACUACAUCUGCAGAUUGGCCAAUCAUGCCAUCCACUUGGUGGUCUUUCAUGAGAGGAGUGGCAACUACCUCUGGCAUGGCCAUUUACGACUCAAAGGACACAUGGACAGGAAAUUUGUUCCUUUCCGAAAGUUACAGUUUGGUCGUUAUCCUGGAGCUUUUGACAGGCCAGAAUUACAACAAAUUACUGUUGAUGGAUUAGAAAUUCUCAUCCCAAAAGAUCCAGUGCACUUUCUAGAAGAAAUACCACACUCUAGGUUUAUUGAGUGUAGGUAUAAAGAAGCUCGAGCAUUCUUUCAGCAAUACCUUGAUGAUAACACUGUGGAAGCUAUGGCCUUUCGGAAGAAUGCAAAGGAAUUAUUGCAACUGGCAGCCAAAACAUUAAAGAAAUUGGGAGUACAGUUCUGGCUGAGCAGUGGAACUUGUCUAGGGUGGUAUCGGCAAUGCAACAUUAUUCCUUAUAGUAAAGAUGUUGACCUAGGAAUUUUUAUACAAGAUUAUAAAUCUGAUAUUAUUUCAGCAUUUCAGGAUGUAGGACUUCCACUCAAACACAAAUUUGGGAAGGUAGAGGACAGCUUGGAACUAUCUUUCCAGGGAAAAGAUGAUAUAAAACUCGACAUUUUUUUCUUCUAUGAAGAGACUGACCAUAUGUGGAAUGGAGGCACUCAGGCCAAAACAGGAAAAAAAUUUAAAUUCCCAGAAAUGAAAUCAUUAUUGUUUGUGCUGUUUGAGAAGUACAAAGGAUACCUGUUUCCCAAGUUUACACUGUGCUGGACUGAGUUUGUAGACAUGAAGGUUCAUGUGCCCUGUGAAACCACUGAAUACAUUGAAGCCAACUAUGGUAAAACCUGGAAGAUUCCUGUGAAGACGUGGGACUGGAAACGCUCUCCCCCCAAUGUGCAGCCCAAUGGAAUCUGGCCUAUUUCUGAGUGGGAUGAGGUUAUCCAGUUAUACUGAGACAAUAGGUUGAAAUGAUAAAAUUCCCCUUCUGAAACAGGUGGAUUCUAACUAUUUAAGAAGAUAAAUCUCUAUUUGUCAAAUGUAAGUAGGGGCCAAAGAUAUAUGUUGAGUCUGAAGAUGCAGAAAGAGUCCUAACCUCUGAGCCAUCUGAUUGAAUUCUCUCAUUUUACUUUUAUUCAGGAGUCCCUUUGUGCCAGGUACAGUGCUAGGUUACAGUGGAGAAGCAGAGAUGAGUGACACACAUGCCUGUCUCUCUUGCCCUUCCCUUUGGUAAGCACCUCAAUUUUCUUUUGAGGGAAACAUCCUUACCCUUUGAAGUUCCUGUAGAAUAUGAUGUUCUUUCAAACUGUUAGGUAAUAUUUGGACUGGAAGAUGGGUUUAUUGGGCAAAGCUAAAGGAGGAUAUACCAGUAAAAAAGAAUAGCCCACUCCUGUAAUCAGCAGUUAAGCUUGUAUGUUAGUCUGCUUUCAAGGUUGUAGAGUCGGAGUUAAUAUUUAAGUGAUCAGACUUUAGGUGACAUCAAGAAAAGAUGCUAGAACAUUCAUUUUACAAGCAACCCAGUAUGGAAUUGUUUUAGAGUAUAGGGCAUCAUUCUGUGAGAAUGAGAGCUUCUUUUUAGCUUUGUCAAAGAUAUGCAAAUUCCUGUACAAUUUCUAUUUUUAUAUUUUAAGUGAAAAGAAAGCUUGUGCUUGUGUGAUGCUUGAAUUUCCAGUCAUUGUGAGAAUAUUUUCACUGACCUCUGUAGCACUUGUUAACAAAUCAUUCGAGCGAGAUCAUGUUACCAGACAUGAUUUUGAAAGGGUUGUGAUUUCACAAAAGUUACUUUCCUUAUUCCAUUCCCAGCCAUCUGUUAGGUAAAAAUAUGAGCCAUUCAUGGACAUUAAUAUUUUCUGAAUUUAUAAUCCUUGUACUCCCAAUUUUAAUGUUAACACUAAAAUAUUAGUAGAAAUACCUCUUAUUUUUCUAAGUGUACUUACUCUUCAGUGCAUUCAUUCAUCAAUUGCAGCUCCAUAUCUUUCAUUUAUGGCCAGCAAGCCAAUUUAAAUAGUAUAUGAACCUACCUGUUACCUCCCUUCUGUACUAUCAUGUCCCCAAACGAAGAUGAACGGCAAACCUGACAAAUGCUUUCUCCGUCCUCCCACUCCCAGAUCAUGGUGUUUGUAAAGUCUGUAUCCAUUCUCAUUGUUCUAUCUAGAUGUUGUAUCUGUUGCAUAUUGAUGGGACAGGAACUCAGACUUUCUGCUUUGUCAAAUACCACCCAUUCUAAAACCCUUCAGUUUCCUUUCCCCUGCCUCAAGAUAUGUUUCUGAGUGGGAUGGGAUGGCCCUGUCUUCCACAUCUCAUGAGUCACUUUAAUUAUAUAUUCCAAGUGAAAAGUAGAGGUAUAUGUAUAUAUACAAUAAACACUGCUAUCUUUUUAUUUGUUCAGGAAAGGAAGCUGAGUCUUAAUGUUUUAACGUUUUAUCUAGGCUGUUCAGGACAACUCAACUUUCUGGACAAAAUCCCAGAUUUUCCUCUAAAACCAGAGAAUAACAGGAGUGUCAGAAAUGGAAAGCAGAGGGUCUGAGGGAAUAGGCUGAGUUUUUCUAAAACAAGGUUGGGAAAAGUGACCUGAAACCACCCCACUUGAUAUUUUCAAAAUACCAAAAAACUUUUUUUGAUAAAUGUUAACCACUGACCCAAAUUCCUUUGUUAGGAUGAGCUUUCAACAUGUGACCAUUGGAUCUUUUCGUAACUAACAUAAUGAGGCUUUUAGAGACCCUUAUAGAUUACCAUUAAACUUGUCCCCAAAGGACAGGCCAUCGUAAUCAGUCUCUCUUUACUGGAAAAUCAGCCCACAGAAAUCAUACCCAAAUUCCAAAAAGCCGAAUGUAAUUUCAUUUUUCAUGGUUGAAAAAAAAUAUCAGAUAAUAAUAGUGUUCCUGAGCAAAAUCUGCCUUGCUUACUGAGGACCAUUUGCUUGUGCUCAGCAUCUAGAAGUGUAUAUAAAAGUGCAAUACACAUUUCUGACCAUUUCAAAUUGAGGCUUCCACUGUUUGCCAGGUGGUGGAGGUCUUACCCACCACUAUUUAGGUUUUUUUUUUUUUUUUUUUUAUCUGUCUCUGUAGUCCAAGGUCUUGAAUAAUCCGAAACCUGAGAUGUCUGACCAAGACAUAGAGAUUCUGUAUCCUUCCCUCCACAGACCACUGGCAGCUGAAAUACCUUCCCUGACUGCCUUCUGGUUUUACAGGUUACUGCUCUUGCUUUGUUCCUACCCUGACUUGAGGGAAUGAAAGCUUUUCCCCAGACUCUGAAGGCCAGGCUUGCUUCUGAUACAGAUACAGCCAUAAUUCAUCCUGUGCUUCUUGACAGUUCUUAACUGUACUCAGUGUCCAGAGACCUUGGUUCAGGUGGAUCUACCAUCAAACCUCAUAAGAUCAUUUUUCUUUCUUCACCUGAGUAUCCCAAUAAUUCUCCUGAUAUGGCUACUUUCAGGUCCACUUUGUCUGGUUUAUAGGCGAAAACCUCUUAAAUUAACUUGGAAGUUAGGUACCCCUGGAUAUCCUCCAGAGAGAUCCUGAGAGGCAAGAUUGAUAACCUCUCCCUUGACAACCUGGUGGUCACUCACUCCUUCUUUAAGCAAGGAGCACUUGGCCUUCUCCCCUCUGCUGCAGCUACUGAUACCUGGCUCCUGGAAUAAAAGUGUAGUAUGACAGCAGUUCCUAAAAUCAAGCAUCUCUAAGAAGCUGAGCAGUGGGAUAAUCAGUUUCUUUAAUUCCCUAGCUACAAACCCUGUAAUAUGACCACUAGGUGGCAGAAUGUCUACCACCAUCCUCCCAAAACAAGUAUACUCUCAAGUGAAAAUCAUCUUGCUCUUGAGUCUUAAAAGAGGUCACAUUCAUUUUAUCCCUUUCAUUUUAUAGCUAAAUCAAUAAGCUAUAGCAGUGAUUUGAGAAACACCUGAAUCUAAAACUUAAGAGUUCCAUGACUUUUGGCCCAGUUCCUAGUUCAUUGCAUCACAGCACAGCUUCUUUACCUCUGCUUGAGAUACUUGACAGAGAAGUCAACCUCUGCCUUAGGAGUAAGUUUCAGGGUAUUUCUGCUGUUCUCCACUUAAUAUCUUUCUGCUCAGAUUGAGAACCUGAGCUGACAGAUCAAGAAGGAGUAUUUCUUUCUUGUCCAAAAUACUUAGGCUAUCUUCACACCUUUAUCUGCAAAAUGCCAUAUCUCCAAACAGUGAAAUAGUUCCUAUGUGGAGACAUCAGCCUUUAUUAUGAUAUUCUUAAUGUCCAGAAGUACCUGAUUCUCUUAAGCUCAAGAUGUGUCCCAUUGCUACUUCACCCCUUCCAAUUUCCCAGGAAACCAUUGGCUAAGCACUCAUUUCCAAAGAAUCCUUCCUCCUUCCCUUGUUGAUACUCUCUUAUGGAUACUAGAAGUUGAGGAUAAGUUGUGCUCGCUCAUUGCUAUUCUUCUUUGUGACCCCAAACCAUUGUAUCUAGUCUUAAUAUGGUUACAAAGCUUCAGAUGGCAGACAGAAGAGCAAGGUGUUACAUAGAAAAGCAGGGGUUAUAGAUUGGGGACCAGAGCUGCAUCUGGGAAACACACUUGGAAUGAAUUCCCACACUCUAGCCUAAUACCUUACCCAGUAUCACAGACCUAAGUAAGGCUGCAAAUGUCUCUGAGACUCUCCCAAGUUUCACCUUCUGGAAAAUGAACAAUUUUUUCAUCCUUAAUAUUAUAAAUCUCCAUGGGAAAUUUAUCCUCAAAGACUAGUCAGAGAAAGUGCCACAUUCUCAACUUCUAAUAAUUACCAUGGAAAAACUCCCAAUUCCUGACCAGAUGAAAUGAUAUCUUUGAGGGAAUUUCUCUUUCCUCUUCUUCCUCUGUCAUUGAGACCUGUGGUAGGUCACCUCUAAUGUUUCACUUAGGGGAGUCAGCAUAUUAGUAUAAAAAGACCACAAACUUCUGAAUUUGGCCUGAGUUUGCAUCCCAGCUUUGUCAUGUGGGAUUUGUGGUAGAGGACCUCUCAGCCUCAAUUUCCACAUAAGUGAAUUGGGGAAAUGUGUACUUUUCUAGAAUUUUGGUAGGAUAAAAUGGAACAUAAAGUGCCUAGGAUUAAGGCCUAGGAUUAAGUAAGUUCUCAAGAAAUGUUCCAUUUCCUACUUCCAAGUCCCUUUUCUAAUCCUUCAAAUAAGAUUAAGGAAACUAUGGUUCAGAAUACAAGCCUUACUCAGGAGGUGGCUAACUGAAUUUGCUUAGGGAAAAAAAUUGUUUCAUUAUAUCAAGGCAUUAAAGGACAAAUUGUAUGGUUCAUGAAUUCAGAGACAUUACCAAGUUGCCUCUUCCUCUAAAUAGAACUAGUAUUUUCAUUUUAUUGGUCAGGCUACUGUCUCCUAAGGUCUCUUUAUAUGAUCCCUUAUGUUACAUAGUUCCUUGGCCCCAAGCAGUUCCCUCUCUCUCCCUCCCUAGAUUUAAUUCUUGUUCUGCCCUGGACUAUUUCAUAUUUCAACAUUCCAGCUUUUUCUAGAGGUAAACCCUCAUCUUCUUGUUACUAAAUCUCUACCCAGCCAAAAUCAGGUAUAAGUUACAAUUUGCAGAGAGAAAGAACUUGGAAUACUUAGUGUCAUAUAACUAUCAGUACUUUUAGUAAAGGAGAAUCGAAAAUACUCAUUUCCACCUUCUUUCAUCAAAUUUGUGUUUCUGUUUCAGGCAAGAAUGAACAGUAUGUUUUAAGCUAUUUUAAGCUUCUCUGCACAAACUAAAAUCUAAUUAUAGUUUAUAAGUCAAACAGAACGAUUCAAUAGUGAUAGCUUUUUACAGAACCCGUACUAAAGUAAGCAAGUAUACAUUUUUCUAAUGAGAAAUCUGUGCUUCUGUAUUUUCAGAACUUCUGGGUUAGAAUGUCCCUCUUGCCAUCCCCCAACACAACCCAAUAUAGAGAUGAUGUAGGAACCCAUUACUCAACCAGGCUGCUAUACACUUAUGAGCAGCUCUCACAGUGGGGUUGAAAAGGUGUAUGAAGAGAAUUAGAAGUACUGUAUUUUGUUUUAUAAAACAAUGUACUGUCUCAUGUGCCAUUAAAGAAAAUUACAAGAUUUUGUAGUCUUUUGAUGACUCAUUCAGAGCAUGGGUUUGUUAAAUGAAGACCAUAUAUAGCUAUUUGUGUGUCCCUUCUAAUUCAAAACCAGAAAAACAUGUAUGUGAAUUUUUUAAACAAAGUGAUAUUUUAAACAUGGGUAAAUUUCAAUGUAUCCUUACCAGUUGACUAUUUGAUUUUAUCUUCAGGUACAGGUAGUUUGUGGUACUACUGAAAAUACCUUUAAUAUUAUUAUUUUGAUCAGAAUUUAUAAUAUAUAAUCAGUUUGGGAUGAUAAAUAAACUUUUUUAAAUUA